UACAAACACAGAUGUGGCCAAUGAACAUGAUUAUGUUCAUCCUAUGUUCCGUGGUAUCAUAGAACUUUUCACUUUUGUUGUAUCUCUCCAUUUAUUGAACUACUCUCCCAGCUUCUCAAGAAUUUCACAUAACCUUGCUCUGAAAAAUGGGGUUAAGGCCACUCUUCAUUGCCUUCUUCCUAUCUUGUACUCUGUGUGUGAACAGUGUUGAGCUGAAAAACUCACCCCCGUGUGCAUUUCCAGCAAUCUACAACUUUGGAGACUCCAACUCUGACACUGGAGGCAUCUCAGCUGCAUUUGAGCCAAUUCCACCGCCAUAUGGUGAGAGCUUUCCACAGAAACCUUCUGCAAGAGACUGUGAUGGUCGUCUCAUUGUAGAUUUCAUAGCUGAGAAGCUAAACUUGCCAUACUUGAGUGCUUAUUUGAAUUCCCUUGGAACCAACUACCGACAUGGGGCAAAUUUUGCCACUGGAGGAUCCACCAUUAGGAGGCAGAAUGAAACCAUUUUUCAAUAUGGGAUUAGUCCAUUUUCCCUUGAUAUGCAGUUUGUGCAGUUUAAGCAGUUCAAGGCGCGUACCAAGCAACUUUACCAAGAAGCGAAGACCGCGCUUGAGAGAAGCAAGCUUCCGGUGCCUGAGGAGUUCUCUAAGGCGCUCUACACGUUUGAUAUUGGUCAAAAUGAUCUCUCUGUUGGAUUUAGGAUGAUGAACUUCGACCAAAUGCGUGAAUCCAUGCCGGAUAUUGUCAACCAGUUAGCCUCUGCAGUUAAAAAUAUAUAUGAACUAGGAGGGAGGACAUUCUGGAUACACAACACUGCCCCCAUUGGCUGCUUGCCUGUGAACCUAUUUUACAAGCAUAAUCUACCUGCUGGCUAUCUUGACCCGUAUGGAUGUGUGAAGGAUCAAAAUGUGAUGGCUGUAGAAUUCAACAAGCAACUUAAGGAUAGAGUGGUCAAGCUGAGGACAGAACUGCCAGAAGCUGCAAUUACAUAUGUUGAUCUCUAUGCUGCAAAGUAUGGAUUAAUCAGCAAUACCAAAAAUGAAGGAUUUGUGGAUCCGCUAAAAAUCUGUUGUGGGUAUCAUGUGAAUGACACUCACAUAUGGUGUGGGACAAUAGGAACUGCAAAUGGGAAAGACGUGUUUGGCAAUGCUUGUGAAAAGCCUUCAAUGUAUGUGAGUUGGGAUGGUGUUCACUAUGCUGAGGCUGCUAACCAUUGGGUUGCCAAUCGUAUACUCAAUGGCUCUUUCACAGACCCGCCUACACUAAUUACUCAAGCAUGUUACAGGCAUUGAAGGCAUGAAUUGAAAGCCAAAUAAGAAAAAUCCAGUAAUGCAUCAUGUUUAUUCCACUACUAGAUGAAAACCAGAAACUUGGAGCUCCUUCAAUGUUUUAAAUUAGAAACAUUCUGGAGAUUGGUAAUUCACCGGCUUAUUGAUGGUUUCUAUUAUGUGCUUUGCAAUAAAUAAUUUGAUUGAAACUGCUUGUCA